GAGAAAGUCUUGGACGGUCUGACAAUAAAUGGCGAGAUGAAAAACAUGGAGAGGUUCCUUUCCAUCCUGCAGGGGUUCACUGUCGGAGAUGUGGCUCUUAAGGCAUCUUGCAUGCAACUGAUCAAUGCACUAGUCCUCACCCCCGAAGAUUUGGAGUUCAGAGUUCACCUGAGGAAUGAAUUCAUGAGAGAUGGAUUGAUGGAUCAUCUUGAGAGUCUGCUGACGACUGACAAUGAGGAGCUGAGGACCCAAGUUCAACCGUUCAUCGAGCACAAGGAGAAUGAUUUUGAUGAGUUGAGAUUGAGAUUGGACAACAUCAGCUUCAACAUGCAAAAUCCACAACAGUGCUGUCAAGUGUUAUGUAGUUCCACGCUGGGCACCAUGUCCGAGUACUUCUUCCUGUCCAUCUUGCAACACUUACUGCUCAUCAGAGAUGAUGGAUUUGUCAAACCCCUCUACUACGAGCUGAUCGAGGAAUGUGUCUCACAAAUAGUUCUGCACAAGAAUGGCCUGGACCCAGACUUCAGGAAGACCAAGAGAUUUGAUGUCGAUGUGGAUUCUCUAUUUGGAAGUAUUUCCAUGGCAAAGCUACAGCAACAGCAGAAGCUGGAAGACGCCAUAACUGCAAGACAGGAGGCUGAGGCGAAGAUGGCCGGCCUGGAAGAGAAGUUGAAGAAGAGUGAGGUGGAGAAUGCGGAACUUAAAAUAAAAGUUGGUAUUCCUCCUCCACCACCAUUACCACCUGGUGGUCCAGGAAUUCCCCCUCCACCUCCGUUACCCGGGGGUCCUGGUAUUCCCCCUCCACCUCCGUUACCCGGGGGUUCUGGUAUUCCCCCUCCACCACCGUUCCCAGGAGGAGCAGGCAUUCCUCCUCCUCCUCCAUUACCUGGGGGUCCAGGUAUCCCUCCCCCACCUCCCUUUCCAGGAGGAUCGGGUAUCCCUCCACCACCACCGUUGGCGAAUGGCAUGGCGCCUCCACCUCCUCCCAUGCCAGGAACAUUUGCUGGAAGACCACUAGGUCAGUUUCUAAAGAAGAAAUAUAAUCCAGAAGUACAGCUGAAGAGAGCCAACUGGAAUAAGUUGAACGCUCGAGUCGUGACCACGGACUCAUUCUGGGCAAAUGUCGACGAGGAUAAGCUAGCUAAGGACAUCGUCUUCGAGGGCAUCAAGCUCCAUUUCGCUGCCAAAGUUGCUGCUCCAAAAGUUGCAGACGUUACAGACAGUGAUAAAAAGAAGAAAGGCAAAGAAUUGAAAAUUUUGGAUCAGAAAACUUCUCAGAAUCUAUCCAUCAUGUUGGGGUCGAUGAAAAUCCCGUACGAAGAAAUCAAGAGGCGAAUUCUCGAGAUGGAUGACAAGUUGGAUCUCUCACUCAUUGAACCUUUGCUCAAGAGUCUGCCUGAACCAGAUGCUAUUGUCCUUUCCCAGUUUAGCAAUUUAAAAGAGGAAUACAACAACUUGACUGAGUCUGAACAGUUCUGUGUUGUUAUGUCAAGCAUUAAAAGAUUGGGUCCUCGUCUCAAUUCGACAGCUUUCAAGUUGAAGUUCGACGAAAUUGUUCAAGAAAUUAAACCGGACAUAGUGACGGCCACCGAGGCUCUGGAGGAGGUGAAGAGCAGCAAGAAAUUUGCAGGCAUCCUCCAACUGAUCCUCCUCAUGGGCAACUACAUGAAUGCCGGAUCCAGGAAUGAACAAUCCGUCGGAUUCGAUCUCAAGUAUCUCACCAAGUUAUCCGACACGAAGACAGCUGACAACAAAAAGACUCUCCUUCACUUCCUCUCAGAAACUGUCGACGCAUCCUACAGUGACCUAAUGAACUUUCCAGAAGAACUUCAUCAUGUACAUCAAGCUUCCAAAGUAUCCGAUGAGAACAUCCAGAAGAACUUGGCGUCCAUGUUGAAGUCAGUGAAGCAGCUGGAGACGGACAUCAAGAAUUCAGAGAUGGACAAGAGUGCUCCUGAUAAUGAUCACUUUGUUUCUGCGCAAGAACAAUGCGAACUGCUGACAGAAAUGUCGAAGAAGAUGUGCAAACUCUUUGAAGAUACCGCCGUCUACUUUGCAUUCGACCCGAAGAAGUACAACAUGGAGGAAUUUAUGGGGGACGUCAAAGUUUUCAUCGAUGGCUUUGUGCAAGCCACAAAGGACAACAUGAAGAUUCGGGAAGUUGAGGAGAAGGCGAGAAGAGCGAAGGAGCUGCAAGAGAAGAAAGAGAAGGAGAAAGAAGAAAAGCUGUCUAGAAAGAAUCUCAUCUGUGAUCUGGAUGCAGCUGACGAUCAAGAGGGUGUGAUGGACAAUUUGUUGGAAGCUCUGAAGAGCGGCAGUGCAUUCAACAUGAACAGGAAAGAAGGGGCCAGGAGGAAGAGAGCUGCCGGGGGUGAGUUGAUGCUGGUGAUGAUGAUGAUUGGCUAG